AUGACGUCCGAGUCCGACUACGAAUCCCACGAGAUGUUCUACUACGAGAGCGGAAGCAGCGAGUUUGUCGUGAACGAUUUCGAGCCUGAAGCAGCAGCGGCGGAUUUCCAACGAGAACAAUUCGAGAGUUUGAAGAGUUUGUUGCUCAAAAAACCCAACUGGAUCCGUCGCUUGAAGAAGGAGCGAUACGACGUCCAGCAACUGUACUCGUUGAUCAGCGAUUGGGACGGGCCGCUUCCGCAUCUCCGCGGCAUCCUGCAGGCCGAAGAAAUCGAGCGUCUUCUCGUGGAGUGCGUCAAUUUCACCAGCGGCCGCGAGUACAACUAUCCCGGCCAGAUAAUCAUCGAGUUCGUGGCUCGAAGCGGCUACAGGGACCAGCCCGGACUCGGUAUAGACGGUGAGCCGCUCCAGCAUCGAACCACAGCGAUACAUCAGGCCGCCAGACACUUGUUCGUCAACAGAAAUAUCGUGAUCCGUGAGCUGUUUAAGAUUUACGUUCGUUUCGACGUCAACUACACCGACGAGUUUGGAUAUACGCAUUUCCACAUUGCCUGCGAGAGUGGACAGGCCGACGUCGUCGUCAAGUUCCUCGAGGCUGAUCAAGAUCCCGAUUGCCUCGUACCAGGCACGGGAGAUCGGCCGCUGCAUUUGGCUCCCUUGGGGAACAACAAACAGGUAGUGGCAGCGCUGCUGAGGGCCGGAGCCAAUUCGAACUCGACUAACAUGGAUGGAAGGACACCCUUGCAUAUGAUUUGCAAGAUCAACGACGAAUACAGCUUCAUAGACGAGUUCUUUUCAGUCAACGACGAAUUGGAUCGGAAGAUUCUGGUCGAUGCACGAGACAAGCUAGGCAACACGCCGCUACACUUGGCUUUCAUGCGCUCGCGCGGCAACGAGACGGCAGCCGAGUAUCUGUUGAGACGUGGCGCUGACCCCAACGAGAUCAACCAAGAUGGACUUACUGCUCUGCACCUCUGCCUANAAAUUGGUAUAUUCGAUAAAAUUAUCCAUCCAGUUUUCGACUACCUGCAUUAA